UGAUGUCAGCACAUUCUGUUAAUGCACUGAGUGUUCAUGAAAACUCUUGAACAUUUUCUAUAAACCUAGUGUCUGGAUUGGGACUUCUACCAGCUGACAGGAUGUCUCCAAGGAUUCCAGCCAGUUUGAAAGGAAGUGGAGACCCUUUGAACUUCUAUUGUACCAAUUAUAACAGCUCAUAUGGUCGCUCAGAGUUGGUUACUGAUAGUGCCCAGCCUACUGGCAUUAUUACCCAUCGCAGCACCGGGUACCAGUCCAACCUUAGGCCGGCUGUAUACUACUCACCCAACCUGGACCAAAAGGAUAACCCACAUAUGGGGCUGAUCCUAAGGAGCAAUUACACAUCGAUCACUAAAAGGGAUUUCAACAAUCAUCAACAAGUCACAGGAGCUGAGCCGCUUCCCAAGACACUUUCUUCCCUACAAAGCGGAUACAUUAACAACAUCAAAGUCACCCACCCUGGAUCCAGAACCAGUCCGUCACUCAUGUCAACAGAAUACAAAACCAGAUUCACUGCGCAGACUCUUCAUCACCCAGGCUCUUCUCAAAGUGCCGUUAUUGGAGCUAUGGAGAAUUCAGGAUACACAGAAGGAUCAAACUUGGAACCCAUAACACACCAUCCUCAUUCACAAUACCAUGUGCCGAGAGGGAAUCACCGGAUAACGGGGCACAGCAUGACCAAGACAGAUUUUCUGCCAGUUCCCACUUUGAAGGGCAAUGAGCCGCUGCCAGUUUUGGCCAAGGCCUCUGAAAGAGACAGUGCUUUCACCAGAGAGUCACAUCAAGCUCGUCAUACCAGUGCCCCUUAUGAUGGCUCCCAGCCUCUUUCCAACAUGAAGCAUAUGGAAGAACCUGUGGGAAGAGUGUAUGUUGGUAGGCAGGAACCGUUGGGAUUCUGUAACAAUAAUCAUAUCUAUGUAAAGCCCGGAAAGGAGCCACCACAACAUUAUCUGACUAACUACAGCCUAAGGUUUAGAUCUCCAACACCUAUUGGGAGAGAUGAGGAGGGGUGGACACGUGGUGGGAUCCAGAAACAACGGCAAAGUGGCUUCCUGGCAAAUAAUGAAGCACACAUAAGUGGUAUUUAAGCCAAAUGAUCGGGCUAACAGCAUGAGAAGGAUCUUGACACCCAGGUCCAAAUGAUUUGGAAAACGAUUGUCUGCUAUCUUGCAAAACAAAAUAAAAACAUAAAGGUUUCUGCACAUUGCUGGAAUCUCAGAUUCUGUA